CUCCGAGCUGAAUAAGAGAUCCCGAUGUGAUAGUCAAGGAACGAGCUCUUUUUCCUCCCCCGGCUUGAUGCUUCUCCGCCUUGGUCACCGUCAAGGGAGUAGGAAACUGGCCAUCUUGCGCUUUUGCCAUGGGUUCCCUCAUGGCAACUAUCCUCGAUCUCUGAUUUCUUUUCCGUUACAUCUUUUAAAGGGCUGCCUGAAGCCUGCACCGAGGCGGCAGUCCCGUCUUGUGCUUCUAUCAUUGCCCUGGCGUGAGACCGGUCGCUCACGAGUUCCGACCUCCACACACAACUCCUUGGUCUUGAAGCACCUAUUUUAUUCAGUUCUAGAUAUCUCUCAGUUCACAAUUCAGAAGUGA